CAACUACAAGAUAAUUUACUGUUCAGUAUGACAUUGGAAUUUAACUUGUCGACUUCUCAAGAAAUAGGUAAAAAAGUAGAGCACUGAUUUACUCAGGACAAGGUGGCGGCUUGCUGUGAUAUAGUCUAUAGAUAAUGAUUUCCCACAAACUAGUGUUAUUGGCCCUGCUGUUGGUGAUCAUUGGGAGGAUGACAGACGGAUGGAUUAUUAUCAUCCCUCACAUUCCCCAUCCCCAUAAUGAUGAUGACGAUGACAAAAAUGAUGAUGACGAUGACAAAAAUGAUGAUAAUAAUAAAGCCACUAAAGUGACAUCAGAUACUGACUCAGGUGGUAAUGAUUCAGGUGGUACUGAUUCAGGUGGUACUGAUUCAGGUGGUACUGACUCAGGUGGUACUGACUCAGUUGGUAAGGACUUAGCUAGCACCGACCCAGCUAUCCAAAGAGGUCCCGAUCAGUACUUGAAUGAACCAAUUACUCUGUCUGGAUCCCCUGCACCGAUGUUCCAUGACGCAGCAGUGGUUAGUCUUGGACCUCAAUGUGCUGCAAUUGGCAAGGACAUCUUAAAGAAAGGAGGCAACGCAAUCGAGGCUGCAAUUGCCACAACAAUCUGUGAUGGAGUGGUUCGUAUGGAUUUGGUGGGCAUUGGUGGCGGAUUUGUCAUGAAUAUUUAUCAUCAGAGUGAGAAGAAGUCGUACAUACUGAAUGCUAAAGAAACAGCACCCAAGGCAGCCUCACAGGACAUGUUUAAUGGAAAAGAACACCCUUUGGAAUAUGGAGCUUUAGCAUCGGGCAUACCCGGUCAGUUGAAGGGCUAUCAAGAAGCUUUUAAAAAAUUUGGAAGCGGUAAAGUGACCUGGAGUGAAUUAUUUGAGCCUUCGAUAAAGUUAUGUCAAGAUGGGUUUCCAGUGACUGAUCAGUUUCGCAAUAGUAUGAAAGCCAUAACAAAAGCAUGCAUGAAAUCAGAUGAUAAGAUGAAAAAGACUGGAGCACUUUGGGCUACAAUAGGAGAUGCAGAAAAUACACAGACUGUUCAUGUGGAUAAAAUUCAAUCGAUUAAAUUGACUCAGUUAGCUGAAACUUUGAAAACUAUUGCCAACUCACCAAAGCAAGCUGACGAGUUCUACAAAGGAUCGCUGACUAAGCAAUUUGUAGACGAUAUAAAACAAGAAGGCGGCAUUAUUACAGAAGAGGAUUUGGCGGAUUACUCAGUGAUCUGGCAAGAAGCAGUUUCAACAGAUAUUGGGCAUGAGGGGGACUCGAAGUUGACUUACUUAGCAGCUCCUCUGCCGAGCUCAGGGGUGUUCACCAAUUAUGCAAUGAAAAUAUUCGAUAACGGAACAUUGCAAGGCUCAAGCAUUGUUGACCCUGAUAGCCUGAGUUUCAUAAUCACCGGCUUCAAAUUUGCUUUUGCCCAGCGCUCCAACUGUGGCGAUCCAUCGAAUAACGCAAGUAGCAAAAGUUGUAAAAUUAGCAGCAUGUUUGAGGACGAUGCGUUGAAAAAAGUGCGUGCGGAAAUAAAAGCGGCUGACGCGUCUCAUGAUCAAGACCUUUUUUACUGGGGCGCAGAGUAUGACUUCAAGGAGGAUUUUGGUGGAGCUAGUGUAGUCGUCUAUGCGAAUGGAGACGCCGUUUCUGUUACUAGUUCACUCAACUCCCU